AUGGYGCUGAACGGGACCCCAACCAACAAACGAGUCUCUCAAGCGGGUGCAAGCUUCCACACUGGGCUGGAGAAUCCUAAUCCAAUCCGCCAUGGAGGUAUGGGACAGGCCGAGCGAGCCUUUUCGGCGGCCUCGACAUUUUUGUCCGGUGUCAUGGCCAUUUCAGCCUCUCAAUUCAUCGGAGCACCUCUCAAGUAUGUGGAUAUCAAAUUCUACGAUGCCUACAUGGCAUGGACCAAGGAAUCAUUCGCAGUUCUCAUGACCACUAUCACUCAAUGGUGGGCACCAACAGUAGUUCGAGUGAGCGGUGAUGAAAGCAUGAAAGACCAACUCUUUCAAAUGAAGGACGGAACAUUGAAAUGCAACUUCCCACACAGGCUCAUCAUGAUGGGAAACCAUCAGCUCUACACGGACUGGCUGUAUCUCUGGUGGAUAGCGUACACCAACAAGACGCACGGCCAUAUUUACAUCAUUCUGAAGGAAAGCCUCAAACAGGUGCCAAUCAUAGGCUGGGGCAUGCAGUACUACAACUUCAUAUUCUUGAGCAGGAACUGGGAGCAAGAUCGAUACAAGUUUAAGAAGCAUCUCGAUCCUAUGAAAGAUCCAGCGGACCCAAUGUGGCUACUGAUAUUCCCCGAAGGCACCAAUCUUUCCGAGAGCACUAGGGAAAAGUCAGCGAAAUGGGCUCAGAAGACUGGAAUUCCAGAUAUGAAGCAUCAGCUACUCCCGCGGAGCACGGGGCUGCAGUUCUGUCUACAGGAGCUGCGCCCGUCGACGAAUUGGCUCUACGAUUGCACCAUUGCCUACGAGGGAGUCCCGAAGGGCAUGUAUGGACAGGAUGUGUUUACAUUGAAGUCAUCUUUGUUCGAAGGCAGACCACCAAAGUCAGUCAAUAUGUACUGGCGACGCUACAAAAUCUCAGACAUCCCAUACGAUGAUGAUGAACAAUUCAGUCGAUGGCUUGUCAAUCGUUGGAGAGAAAAGGAUUACCUGCUGGAGUACUAUUACAAAUUUGGUAACUUCCCAUCCAAAGAGCCGACCAAGGCACUUCUGGCUGUUGAGGGCAAGGCCAAGCCGAGCCACGCAAAGGCGAUAUCUACAUCUGUGAAGGGUGGCGGUUGGGAUGAGUUUCUCAGCAUCUUUGGCCCAGUCACGACGGCGGCUGGCGCACUCUCUAGCGUGGACAUGGCCGACCCUGUCAACUUUGAUGAAAUGAUGCUCAAGGUCGCUCAAUCGYAGCAAUUUGGUUCACUGUUGAUGGGUCAGGCGCCAAAGAUGCCCGCGAGCCAGGAUGCCAUUCGACAUGCUCUUUUGGCGGCACAUAAGCAGAACCCAUUACCGAGCUCGUUGAUGGAUCAGCUACUGAAAGCCAAUCCCCAGACGCAAGCUCAGAUGAAGCAAGUCCUGCACAAGUCGGGCAAUGCUCGCGUUGUCAAGAAGGCUGCUAAGGCGCCUGGCGCAGAUAAGUCGAUCUCGAGUGAGACGCAGAGAGAUCUUACAACUGCUGCCGUAAAGACUUUGGAAGCAAUGUCGAAGACGUCCGCAUCAGGCCCCAGGAGCACUUCAAGUCCAGCGAAGGUCGUGAAGAAGGAGGCACCGCUGGCGAAUUUGAGUACCAUGAUUACAAGGCCUCUAACGACCGUUUCCCUUCAUGCUGUURGGUCAAAAGUAAGAGACCUAGCAGCUGAUCGUACACGAAGAACUGGAACUGCCCUCCCAGGUCAAUCAGCAUCGACGGCCAGCAAGACUAGCAUCAAGCCGGCGACCAGCGUGCCAAGAUUCGUUGCAAAAGCAUCCUCUGUGAAGGCAUCUUCGGUCAAGGGAAUACCUAUUCAAAGCCUGCCGAAAAAGGCAGCGUCUGUGGAUGGAACUGUGAAUACAAGAUCCAUCACGCAACCUCGCGGGGCUGUUGUGUCUGCAAAGGCAAAGGCUGCUGCUGUGCCUUCCCAGGCAAAACUUCAGACCAUUCCCAAGGGCUCGAAACCUAUUGGUACGCAGAAGUACGUGAAUGGAAAGCGAGUCACAGUCGGUCUGUGA